ACCUCGUCGGACCGCCCUAGUGUAACACACAGAAAGUAAAUAGAAGAAUCGCAAGAAACAAUCAAUGCCGUUACAUUUUAUUAGAACAUUUAUACAUUAUAAAAAGAGCUUAGUCCUUCCGGAAAACUUUCAACCUAAUUUUACUGUGACACACAGACAUGUCUUCAGUGAAGGGUUUGAGAGAGUUUGUCAACGAGCGGCUGACUGCUGCUGCUGAGGAGAUAUUCAGAGCUUUUCAAAGAAGUAUCGUCGAGUACGAGGAAGAGAUAGACCGUCAGCGCAGACUACUGGACACCGUUCUGAACCCCGAAAUUAAGUUACACAAUAUAGGGCUGCAUCAGCAAAAUGUUUUCAGAGAGGAGGAGGAUCUCUCCUGCAAGCAGCUUUAUAACCAGGAGAGAAACUCCAGUCCAGACCAGGAGGACCCAGAGCCUCAACAGAUUAAAGAGGAACAAGAGGAAGUCUGCAGUAGUCAGGAGGGAGAGCAGCUCGACCUCAAGCAGGAGAUGGAUGCUUUUAUUUUGACCUCAACUUACGAUGAGAGCAACCAAAGUGAGCCAGAAAUGAAAACUAAUAAAUGGUUUCUCUCUCAAAACUCUUAUGUGGCCGAGUACCAAGACCACGAAGAUGGCCAGCAUGAGUUAAAUACAGUAUCAGAAAGAGAUCCUGAGCCAGAGCUUAAAAACCAACAUCAUGAAAGCACUUCUCACAAUAGCAGCUGGAGUCAGCCUACGUUACAGACACACCUGAGCAUCCAAACAGGUGAGAGGUCUCAUUUGUGCCCAAUAUGUGGGAAAGCUUCCACGUGCAAUUCAAAAUUGAGUUUGCACAUGAGAACCCACACAGGCGAGAGACCGUACCAUUGCAUAACGUGUGGGAGAAGAUUCUGUGAUAUCACAGGAUUGAAAAGGCAUUUAAGAAUCCACACAGGUGAGAAGCCGUAUCCAUGUGAAACCUGUGGGAAAGAAUUCAGACAUGGAAAUGCCUUGAAAGUCCACAUGAGGACCCACACGGGGGAGAAGCCAUAUUUUUGCCAGACCUGUGAGAAAAGAUUCUAUGAUCUUUCAGCGCUGAAGAGGCACUGUCGGAUUCACACGGGAGAAAAGCCUUUCACCUGCAAAACAUGUGGGAAAGCUUUCAAACAGAGCAGCUCUCUGAUGAUACACAUGAGAACCCACAUGGGAGAGAGGAUAUAGUAUACCUUUGCAAAAUGUGUGGGAGAGACUUCAAGCAGGCAAGGACCCUGUUGGUCCACGUGAAAACACACACUGACUGAAAAAUAAUGAUAGAAUGAAGUAUUUUAUGCUGUCUCAGUCACAGGUUACGCAGAUGCAAGGAGACUUGAAUUUUGCAUGCAUGUAGAUUAUUGGACUUCUUGUUGUAAGUUGCAAAAAAAAAGAUCUCGCAGGAAUAAAGAGCAGUACAAGAGAAACCAUCCCACUGCAACUCACAUGGAGACUAGCGUACUGUCAAAAUAAAAUACUCUAUUUCAAAAGUAA